AUGGCACAUUCAGAGAAAGAGAAGGAUGGAGACCCAGCAACCGCGGAUGGAAGCAGAAACGCGGCAGAACAGACUAAUCCUGGCAACAGCUACUUUAGGGUUUUUCGCUACGGUAGUUCUGCUGAAUUCGGAAUGCAAGCUCUGGCAACAAUCUGUGCGUUGGCAUCUGGAGUGGGCAUGGCCAUGGUGAAUCUGGUCUUCGGACAAUUUAUCACAGUGAUUACAGAUUAUGUGACUGGGAAAUCAACCCCCGACAAGUUUCGUCAGGAUUCCGCCAGGCUCGCUCUUUACUUCUUCAUUAUUGGCAUCGGACGGCUUAUUGUUUCCUACGGUUACAGCACUUUAUUCACCAUAGCCGCAUAUCGGGUUACUCGAAAUAUACGGUAUCUCUACCUCAAGUCUGCGUUAAGUCAAGAAAUUGCCUAUUUCGAUGCCGGAACGAGCGGAUCGAUCGCAAUGCAAGCCACAUCCAACGGCAAACUCAUACAGGGAGGCAUCUCCGAGAAACUUGGCAUGGUCUGCCAGGGGCUUUCUGCUUUUGUCGCUGCCUUUGUUCUGGCCUUCGUCACGCAAUGGAAACUGACGCUCAUCUGUUGCUGCAUUGCACCUGCCCUACUUAUUGUCAUGGGUGUAAGCUCUGCUUUCGAGGCUGCCAUUGAGACCAAGAUUCUCCAUGUCACUGCACAAGGAGGUUCCUUUGUUGAGAACAUUAUGUCAACCGCCAGAACUGUCCAAGCUUUUGAUCUACGUGAAAGGUUGAUGGAUGGGUUUGGCAAGUAUCUUCAAGAUGCUCGCGCGCUCGGCGAUAAGAAGAAUCUUGUCUUCGGAUGCAUGUUCUCCGCAGAAUAUUUCAUCAUCUUCGCUGGAAUGGGUUUGUGCUUCUGGCAAGCUAUCGGCAUGCUCGCCCGAGGGGAAGUUGAACAAUUUGGCGAUGUUUUCAUAGUGCUUAUGUCCGUGAUUGUCGGCUCGACAAGUUUGACCGCGAUUGCUCCAUACCUUAUCGACUUCAGUCGUGCCGCAUCCGCAGCGGCGGAACUGUUCCGUCUUAUCGACCGGACUUCAGUCAUCGACCCCUUUAGUGAAGGUGGAGAGCAGCCCACGGAGGUCGUUGGCAACAUUGACCUACAAGGGGUUUCUUUCUCAUAUCCUAUGCGACCUGGUAUUAAGGUGCUCGAUGAUUUCACUCUACACAUCCCGGCUGGGAAAGUUACAGCUCUUGUUGGAGCUAGCGGGUCUGGCAAAAGUACAAUUAUAGGCUUGAUUGAGCGAUGGUACAAUCCCGAUGCUGGUACCAUCUUGCUUGAUGGCAAGCCUAUUGAUAAGUUAAACCUGGGGUGGCUACGAAAACACGCCAGACUUGUUCAGCAAGAGCCCGUUCUGUUCGCGGGCACAGUUUUUGACAACAUUGCGAAUGGUUUGGUCGGUACCGAGUGGCAGAAUGAGUCGAGGGAAGAAAAGCUUGCUAGGGUAACAGAAGCUGCCAAAAUUGCCUUUGCGCAUGAUUUCAUUUCGGCCCUCCCCAACGGUUAUGACACCAUUAUUGGAGAACGUGGCGGCCUACUGUCUGGAGGUCAGAAACAGCGAGUUGCAAUAGCUCGCAGUGUAGUGUCCCAACCGAAGAUUCUUCUCCUGGAUGAAGCUACCAGCGCCCUUGAUCCUCAUGCCGAGGAGGUUGUACAAGAAGCGCUUAACAAUGUUUCUAAGGGCCGCACUACUAUCACCAUUGCUCACAAGCUAGCUACCAUCCGCAACGCUGACAACAUUGUAGUCAUGGGAAAGGGCCUCAUCAUCGAACAAGGCACACAUCAUGACCUUCUGAGAGCGGAUGGUGCAUAUAGCCGACUUGUGAAGGCCCAAGAUCUGUCCGUGGCGGCUAACGCCCUCGCCGAAUCCGAGUCUACGGACAAUGGAACUGAGGAGGAGGAUGAGCAUAUGAAUCUUGAGAUGGCCAAGACGGAAACUCACUAUUCACUCGGAACUAAUGAACGUAUGAAAUCACACACAAGUCGGGAUGAUUACGACAACUGGAAACCAUAUGGUCUUCUUCACACAAUAUGGAAAUUAGUCAUUUCAUCCCCCGAGUUGAAAUGGGUUUACCUCAUUCUAUUUAUUGUCUGUCUACUAUCAGCGGCGUCAUAUCCCGGCCAAGCAAUUCUCAUGUCAAGAUUCAUCGACGUCUUUAAGUUUACUGGCGAUGAGAUGCGGAGGAAGGGCAACUUCUUCUCCUUGAUGUUUCUCGUUAUAGCAUGCGGAUGCCUCGUCGUCUACUUCAUCAUGGGUUUCACAUCCAACAUUGUCGCCCAGACCCUCAACCAAAAAUAUAGAAGGCAGAUUGUACAUGAUAUGCUUCGACAAGAUUUGCAGUUCUUUGACCGCCCAGAGAACACUACAGGUGCACUUACUAGUCGAGCGGAUUCCUAUCCUCAUGCUGUUUUUGAGCUCAUGGGCUUUAAUGUUGCUAUGAUUCUCACGGCAGUCAUUGGUGUUAUUUCUUGUUGUGCAGUUGCUCUAUCAUUCGGAUGGAAGUUGGGCCUCGUCAUCAUAUUUGCAGGCCUUCCGCCUAUGCUAUUGUCCGGUUAUGCUCGUAUCAGAAUGGAGGCUGCCAUGGACAGCAAAAUAUCCAAGAGGUUCUCUAUGAGUGCCUCGAUUGCAUCCGAAGCAGUAAAUGCAAUCCGAACUGUCUCCUCAUUAGCAAUCGAGGAAUCUGUCUUGGAGCGCUACACUUCAGAACUGGAUCAUGCCAUCUCAGACUCGACCAAGCCAAUCAUGUCUAUAAUGGUCGUGUUUGCUUUUACACAAAGUGUUGAGUACUUUUUCCAAGCUUUAGGAUUCUGGUAUGGCUGCCGUUUGGUGUCUUUCGGUGAUCUAAAUAUGGUCAAUUUCUUUACUGCAUUCCUGGCAGUUUUCUUCUCCGGCCAGCAAGCCUCAAUCCUCUUCGGGUUCUCAAGCAGCAUGACCAAAGCAACGAAUGCAGCUAAUUAUAUUUUCUGGCUUGAGCAACUGAAUCCUUUGAUUACUGACACAGAUGAGAAUCGCAACAUUGGUCCAAGCAACAUAGAUUCUCUUGACUUCCACAACGUUCAGUUUUCGUAUCCCAUGAGGCCUCAUGCCCGUGUCUUGCGCGGCAUUGAUGUUAACAUCAAGAAGGGUCAAUUCAUUGCGUUUGUGGGCGCAUCUGGUUGCGGCAAAAGUACGAUGAUAUCUAUGUUGGAACGCUACUACGACCCAGUUAAGGGUCAAAUUGUGGUGGAUGGUACACCACUAUGCGACAUGAAUCCUUGGAAGUAUCGUGCAGACGUGGCUCUGGUCCAGCAGGAGCCGACCUUAUAUCCCGGGUCUAUACGUCAAAAUAUCUCAAUGGGCAUACCGGCACGGGACAUCUCAGCAAUCAAGGACGAAACUAUCAUUGCUGCUUGUAAAUCAGCAAAUGCUUGGGACUUCAUUUGCUCUCUUCCAGAUGGCCUAGACACCUCUUGCGGAACUAAUGGUCUUCAGAUGUCAGGCGGGCAGCGUCAGCGUAUCGCAAUUGCCCGAGCUCUCAUCAGAAAUCCCAAGCUUCUUCUACUUGAUGAGGCAACUAGUGCCCUGGACACACAGUCAGAGAGGAUUGUACAGGAGGCGUUGAACGAGGCUGCGGCUACCGGAGACAGGACCACCAUUGCCGUCGCUCAUCGACUGUCCACUGUCAGACACGCCGAUAUGAUUUUGGUCUUCCAUGGAGGCAAGAUUGCUGCUGCUGGCACUCACGAGGAGCUGAUAGCGACAAGUGAAAUGUACCGGAAGAUGUGCGAGGCACAGAAUCUUGAUGGUUGA